AUGGCCGAGCCCCAUACACAAACCGCAGCCGUUCUCCCCUCCACCGGAGCAACAGUAAACACCCGUCUCGAAAUAAAAAAUGACAGGCCCAUUCCCUCUCCAGCACAGGGGGAGUUGCUCGUUAAGCUGGAGUUCUCGGGGGUCUGUCAUUCUGAUGUGCAUAGUGUUCGCGGGGAGACGCCUAUGUUGACGGAUGUUGCAGGGCAUGAGGGAGUUGGGAAAGUUGUCAAAGUGGGAGACGGUGUAGACGAAGGGGCUUGGAUGGGGAAGAGGGUUGGUAUUAGAUGGCUAUACAGCUCAUGCCUGGAGUGCGAGAUUUGCGAGAGGAACAACACCGCUUGUCCUUAUCAAAAGAACGCUGGUGCAAAUGUGCCAGGAACAUUUCAGCAGUACAUCGUCAGCCCUGCAGUGCACGUAACGAGGAUCCCGGAACAAUUAGCUCCUGACGAAGCUGCGCCUCUGCUAUGUGCUGGAAUCGCGAUGUAUUCAUCGAUCAUGAAGACAAGAACUCGUCCUGGGGACUGGCUCGUCCUUCCUGGCGCUGGAGGUGGGUUGGGGCAUAUGUACGUUUUCGACCACCACAUUGGUUCUGCAAAGCACGAGAUGACAUGGUAUGGCAUUGCAUUGACUCAUACAUUGGCUUUUAGGGGUGUACAAAUCGCGGUAAAGAAGGGUCUAAAAGUCAUCGCCAUUGACAGCGGCGAGAAGAAGAAACAACUAUGCCUAAAACUCGGGGCCACAGCCUUCUUUGACUACAAAACGGAUAAUGUCCAAGACGCAGUGACGCAACUAACCUCCGGCCUAGGUGCGCACGCUGUAAUCUGCACGGCGAAUAGCGAGGCAUCGUACGAGCAGAGUAUGCGGCUUCUCCGCCGUUUAGGAGUGCUUGUGUGUGUUGGGAUACCUAAUGUUCCGUUCCGAUUGCCGGCGACACCGUUUGAUAUGAUUGUUAAGGGGCUAACGAUUGUUGGAAACUCGGCUGGCACGGCGCAGGAAAUGAGCGAGUUGAUGAAGAUGGCUGUGGCAGGGGAGGUGAAGGCUCAUAUUGAGUGCUUUGCAUUUGACCAGCUCGAUGAUGUUAUUCAGCGGCUUGGGAGGUCUGAGAUUGAUGGACGGGCUGUUAUAUUUAUUCCGGAGUAA